GACGCGGUGGUGCAUCUGGCAACAAAUUCAGGAUGACCCUCGGUCUUCCCGUUGGUGCAAUAAUGAACUGUGCUGAUAACUCGGGUGCUAAGAACCUUUAUAUUAUAAGCGUUAAGGGUAUCCAUGGGCGAUUAAACAGAUUACCCGCUGCUGGUGUCGGAGAUAUGGUUAUGGCAACUGUGAAGAAGGGGAGACCAGAUUUGAGGAAGAAAGUUAUGCCUGCUGUUGUCAUACGCCAGAGAAAACCAUGGCGUAGGAAAGAUGGAGUGUUUCUUUAUUUCGAAGACAAUGCUGGCGUAAUUGUCAAUCCGAAGGGAGAAAUGAAGGGUUCCGCUAUCACGGGGCCUGUCGGUAAAGAAUGUGCUGACCUAUGGCCUCGUAUUGCCUCGUCUUCCGGGACAGUUGUACGUAUUCAGGGAUUGUGUAUCUUAUGUAAAUAA